AAUGAAAGGAAUGGUUUUUAUGUAAAGAAAGUGACAUUCUUUUAUUUCGUUUUUGCUCUAUGAUGAUGAUGAUGAUGCUUUUCUUAUAUUAAUAGGGUUUCAUAUUUUUUUUAAAAAUCUUUUUACACAAAAUCUCUGCAUCCAUAUGGAAAUGGUUUCUUUAUCCCUUCCAAGUAACAAUCUUGAUGAUAUUUUCCAGAUUUACAGGCGCUAUUGCGAAAUCACAUUGGAGGUGUAUGCUUCUGAGGGGGCCGGUUGUCGGCAAGCCAAUGAGUUGGCGAAAGCGAAAUUAGCAAGGGAAGCCUUGUCCCAGCUCUUAGAAUUGGUUGAGUCGAGAGUAUAUAAAAGUAUGUCAAUUCUAGAAGAAGUUUCUCUCCUUAUGUCAAGGCUUAAUCUGUUAGACUCUCGUGAGUUCUCAAGAUUCUAUAAUUUUGUUUUCUUCAUGUGCAGAGAAAAUGGUCAAAAAAGCAUAGCUGUAAGCAGGGCAAUUUUGGCUUGGAAGUUAGUACUGUCUGGAAGAUUCAGAUUACUCAAUCAGUGGUGCAGCUUCGUUGAGAAUAACCAACGGCACAAUAUCUCCGAGGAUACAUGGAGUCAAGUGUUGACAUUUAGUUGUCGUGUACAAGAGAACCUAGAAGGAUAUGACCCUAAAGGCGCUUGGCCUGUUUUGAUUGAUGACUUUGUCGAUCACAUGUAUAGUAUAACUGGAUCUGAGGGUAGUAAUAAUGUAUGUAGCAGCAGUAGUGAUUUAAAUUCCCAGCCAGUUUACGAGUCUCUACCUGGUAAGAAAUUACUAGUAACAAGAACUAUAAACUAUAAUCAAGAAAUUAGAAAAGUCCCUGAUUGUCUCUCAUUCGUCAUACUUGCAGGAUUGAAAGCCUUCCCUGGGUCAAAGAGGAAGUUUGAUGAGGAUAUGCAAGGCGAAGAAUGUGAAGCGAUGGAUGCAUUUAUGGACUCUAAUACCAAAAGAAGAUAUGCUGAUUCAACUGACAAACAAUUAAAUGGCGUGGAACACCAGCAGAUUAUUAACAUGCCAUUGGGUUGCUCCAAGCCCCCUUAUGCAGUUGAGGGCUGCCUCUCAAAAGGAUUUGCAGAACUUCUUUUCGGUCGACCUUAGUUUGCAAUUUGAUUAUGAAAGUGAAGUUUCAUAUACAUAGAACACCGCAAUGUUAUAGUGAGUCUGCUACGUAUGUAUCUGUUUUUUGAAGCCAUAGCUUUACAUUUUUCUGUAAGUUCUCGGUUUAGGAUGGGUUUCUUUUACAUUCAUUCAUUGUCUAGACUUUAAUGGUAUAUUAUGUGAUCUAUAUAUAGAAAAUAAAGUUCUCAACCACAAGUUUCCUUA